GCCUGUUCUACCCUGUGCCACCGCAGGAACAAGAUCCUGGUGUUGGCCAUCGUGUUCCAGAUCUGCAUCGGCUGCUUCCUGUGCUACUGCCCGGGAAUGCCCAACAUCUUCAACUUCAUGCCCAUUCGGUUCCAGUGGUGGCUGGUCCCCAUGCCCUUUGGCCUCCUCAUCUUCGUCUAUGAUGAGAUCCGGAAACUUGGAGUUCGCUGUUGCCCAGGGAGCUGGUGGGACCAGGAACUCUACUAUUAGAGGGACUGCUGCCUUCAAGUCAUCCCUGCCUCUACCACAGACAGGUUGGGGCAAGACUCAUGGGACUGUCUGGACAGUCACCAAAACACCUGAGCGAGCAAGAGUCCUAGCCUGACCUAUGUCUGUUCCUGUGUAGCCCAUGGCACCCCAACCUGGAAGGGACCCUCCCUACUGCCCUUCCCCAUCCAAAAGGGGCCCAACUUCUUGGAGGAAGCCCCUAGGCCCAGUCCAGUCCUCCGAGCUGGCCUGGGGAAGCCCCCAUCUGAGGGGGGAGGUUUGAUGGGGAGGAGCUAGUAGCUCCUGUGAGGUGGGGUGCCUAGGGCCUGUUCUUUAAAACACACUUGUGUCUGCGUAAUAGUAAUAAACCAGCUCACAGGGACUGCUUUUUAAUUUGGUGUGGCACUGUCUUAAGUGGUUUUCAUGAGCCCCUUUGGUCCCACAAUCCUACAACUUAGGGGAUAUUUGUUCAGGGCUCUAUCUCCAGUUCCUCAAACACAGCCUGGCACAUAGUAGGCACUCAAUAACCCUUCCUUGGGAAAAUAAAGUCCCAUUUCUUUGCCUAGGGUUAAAGCACUUAAAGGUGAGUUGGAUGUGACCACAGGCACCUCCAGAGCACUCUAACCACUCCACUAACCUAAACACUGGCUCUGGGCUCUUUCUCAGCACCCACUCUCCCUCUGGGGAGACUCCUUGACACAGGGUGUCAAAAUCUUUUCCACCUCAGGCUGUCCCCGCCCUCCAGUCUUCACAACUGUCUCCACUUAUUCAUUCCUUUGCAAAGCAAUGGGCAUCCCAACCUACUCCUGGGAUUAAACUCACAGGCUCCUCCUUACACCCUCACCUAAAAAUUAAGCUUCCAACUGUCAGAAAUUCCCAUCCUGGGCCCUCCACCUCCCUCUGGCCACGGUCUUUCUUGUCUCUUUUCCUUUCUCUAAUGAGUCUCUCUGGCUAGGCCUCGGCUUCUCCCUCCUCUUCAUCACAGUACUCCUGCUCACAUCUCAGUUGUCUCUGCAGUGUUACCUGCAUCUGUCUCUAGUUUCCCCAGGCAUGUCUGAGAGGACCCACUGGUCUCUGUAUCACCCUCCAAACCUGCUCCCAUCCACUGUCCCAUCAGUAGGUUCCUCCUCCUAGGAAAAUGUGAUGAGACCUUGGGAAGGGAUCUUCACUCCUCAUCUGUCAUUUCCACAAUCCCCCCGACCACACAGAAAAAAACAGGCUGUUGGUCACCACCUCCACUCUGCCUAUAGCCACUCUCCUACUUCCGCCAUCCCUGUCCUGGUCCAGUCCUGAUUUUCUGGCUUCAGUCUCCCCACCCACAGUGGCCACAGAAAUCUUCCCAAAGACAAAUCUGACCCUGUCUUCCCCUCACACAGAACUCUCCCUGGUUCCCCAUUGUCUCUGGUCAAUUCCUCAGCCCAACCCUCAGAGCCUUUUGGGAUCCAGACCCUGAUUUCUGUCUCACUAGUCCCCUUGGACUUGUUCCAACCAGUUAGGUCUGAUGGAAAGGGAAGGCCCUGACUUCAAGACCUUUAUACAGGCCUUGACACCUGUUUUCUCCUCUUUGCCUCACUAACUCAUCUUUCAGGUCUCAGCUC